GAGCCCUUCAGGAACAUGGAGGUAACGGAUGCAUGAAAUCAUUAUCAUCAGCAUCACCUGAUAGUCUGUUUUCGGGUUCCGAUUCUACUUCUUCCACAGAUCAGGAGGCUUCUGUUUCCACUUUGACUAAAAACAUCCCUCGUUGCACCAAACAGAAUCUUAUCCAUAAACACCAUUUGAGUCCGUUUAUUUCAGGAUUGAACUCUGAUCAUGUACCUCCUGGAGCUUCAGCAUCAGUCCGUGCCAAAGAAAGCUUCAUGAUUCCUGUAAACUUUUUGGAUACGUUUCCAAAGCUAGCCCAAUCUCAAGUUUCUCAACCAUCUUCUCCUUCUUCAUUUUCAGUCACGGCAGCCAAAUCCCCAAAUUUAACUUUAUUUCUGCAGGAACCUAUCACCAUGUUAGAGUCACGAAAUGCAGAUGACUCGCCUGGCAAGAACGUUAACAUAAAGUGUCAAUCCAUAUCAUCAUCUUCCAACCCUUCGUUUCCUAUGUCCAAACCUGGCCAAAUUCCGUCCCAUCGGGACAACGAAUGGCACGGAAUCAAACGAGAUUUGAAAAACUACUCGUCUUGGCUCAGUACUUCCAAGACGCAGCCCAUGAAGUACAAUACACAAAGAAUGCAGGAUGAGCAACAGAAGACUGAUUUUUCAUCACAAGGGAAGCUAUUCAGGGGGGUGAGACAAAGGCACUGGGGGAAAUGGGUUGCUGAGAUAAGGUUACCAAAAAAUAGGACUAGGGUUUGGUUGGGAACUUUUGACACUGCAGAAGAGGCUGCCGUGGCAUAUGACACGGCGGCUUACAUGCUACGUGGGGAAUAUGCGCAGUUGAAUUUCCCAGAUCAAAAGCAUCAACUUCAGACCAAUUCUUUGAAUGGAGCCACAGCAGCCCUUCUCGAAGCAAAGCUACGGGGGUUAUCCCAAGGCAUUUCUGCCCAUACAAAGCCAACUGAGCCACCACAAACAUCACCAAAGAUUAACCAUCCAUAUGAUGAGAAUACCAAACUCAAACAUUUAAGCCAAAACCCAUCAAGAAAAGAGUGGCUGCAGUUUGAGACGUUGGAGAGCAAAGUCGGUUCGGAGAUAUUGAUUGAGAGCAAGAAAAUUACUCAAGAGGUAUUGUCAGAUGUGGAUGCCGUUGAUCAGUUAAGUACAAUGCCCUCCUUGGACAUGGACAUGAUCUGGGAUGCUCUUUUAUUCUCAGAAUCAUGACCAUCAGUACUCCUCUAUACCCUACAUUUUCAUGUUCCAACUGCGCUGCAAAUGUUAUAGUGUCUGUGGAUAGAGCUCAUCUUCGUGUCGGUAUCAAACAUAACCACAAACCAUUUAUCUUUCAGUAGGAAGACCUGCCGCCAAUAGUUUUUA